AUGAGAUUCCUCCUCCUCCUCCUCCUUAUCCUCCACCUUUCCCACUCCUCCGCCGCAGGAGCCAUCUCUGAGCAUCGUGCGCUCAUGGCUGUUAAAUCCUACAUUACCGACGACCCUCGAUCUUACCUCUCCAACUGGAAUGCAACUACUCCGCUUUGCUCAUUCACCGGUGUAACGUGCGAUUACACUGGUCGUCAUGUGACCUCCAUCGACCUAACCAACUUCACCUUGUCGGGAACUCUUUCCCCAUCAUUUGCCCACCUCCGUUUCCUCCAAAACCUCUCCGUCGCAGCCAACCAGCUUUCCGGUCCAAUUCCAAAGGAACUCUCUGCCCUCUCCGAUCUCCGUUACCACAACCUUUCCAACAAUGUUUUCAACGGUUCCUUUCCUACCCAGCUUUCCCAGCUGAAAAACCUCCAAGUCCUUGAUUUAUACAACAAUAACAUGACUGGGGAAUUACCGGUUUCAGUCACGGAGCUUCCCAAUCUGCGACACUUGGAUUUGGCAGGGAACUAUUUCACUGGUCACAUCCCGUCAAGUUAUGGCCUCUGGGAGCAUCUCGAAUAUUUGGCCGUUUCGGGCAACGAACUUGGCGGGAAAAUCCCACCUGAAAUCGGCAACCUAACCAAGUUACAGCAAUUGUAUAUUGGUUAUUACAAUACUUUUGAAGGUGGUUUGCCACGGGAGAUUGGAAACUUGUCGGAACUUGUUAUUUUCGAUGCCGCUAAUUUCACGUUAACCGGCGUAAUACCACCAGAGAUAGGGAAGCUGCAGAAGCUCGACACGUUGUUUCUCUACUAUAAUUUACUGUCCGGCUACCUAGCUGCGGAGCUGGGAACCUUAAAAAGCUUGAAAUACAUGGAUUUAUCGGACAAUAUACUUACAGGUGAGAUUCCGGAGAGUUUCGCUGAGCUUAGAAACUUGACUCUGCUCCAACUUUUUAGAAACAACCUUCAGGGACAGAUUCCUGAGAUUAUUGGUGAGUGGCCCGAGUUGGAGGUAUUACAGUUAUGGGAAAACAAAUUCACUGGAAGCAUUCCUCAGAAGUUGGGCAGUAACAAAAAGCUUCAGAUGUUUGGUCUUUCAUGGAAUCAGCUAACCGGUACAAUUCCUCCCGUUGUUGGAAACCUGACAUCCCUCACACACAUUCUUCUUUCCCAUAACAAAUUGACAGGGAAAAUCCCUGCCUCAGUAUGCAAUUUGAGUUCCCUCAAUGUUCUCGACUUUAUGAAGAAUAGAUUAAGUGGAACAAUUCCAUAUUGCAUUGGAAACUUGAGUUCUUCUCUUUCACACAUUGAUCUGCAGGAUAAUAAUAUUCAUGGUAAAUUACCAGAAAAUUUUGUUAAACAUUGCAAGUUGCAAAGUUUUCGGAUCAACAACAAUCAUGUAGAAGGGUUACUGCCCCGAUCUUUGGGUAAUUGCAAAGAUUUGCACCUUCUUGACGUUGGGAAAAACAAGUUACAUGACACUUUCCCAUUUUGGUUAGGAAAUUUGGAUCAACUACAAGUUCUCAUCUUGAGGUCGAACAGAUUCUAUGGACAAGUGAAUAGCUCGGAUAUUGCAGUUUCCUUCACUCAUUUGCACGCCAUUGAUCUUUCUCAUAAUAACUUCAGUGGUUACUUACCUACCAAUUUUUUUGAAAAUUUGCAUGCUAUUAAAGAAGGGGAUGGAAAGAAAGUUGAACCAGAGUACAUGAAAGAUGAAUUGGCUGACGGAAGAGUGUAUUAUGUGCAAGGUUUAUCUUUUACAAUAAAAGGGUUCGAAAUAGAGUUUCAAGAACUACUGACCAGCUGGAUGGUAAUUGACUUUUCCAACAAUCAAUUCUUGGGAGAAAUUCCUAAAACACUUGGUGAGCUUCAUUCUCUCAUUGUCCUAAACCUCUCUCACAAUUGUUUGAAGGGUUCUAUCCCAUCAUCAUUUGGUGAUUUGUCAAAGCUUGAAUCAUUAGAUCUCUCAUCAAACAAGCUCCGAGGAAAGAUUCCAAUGGAGUUGAAUAAUCUUGGAUUCUUGGAGGUGUUAAACCUUUCUCAUAAUUAUCUGGUGGGACCUAUUCCUCAAGGCAAACAAUUUGAUACUUUCACCAAUGAUUCCUACACAGGAAACUUGGGCUUAUGGGGGUUGCCAUUAUCAAAAGGUCGUGAUAAUGAUGAGAAAACUCCAGCAAAAUUUGAUAGAGAUGAUGACGAUGAUGAUGCUGAUGAAUUGAAUUGGAAAUUUUCUAUACUGAUGGGGUAUGGAUGUGGGUUGGUGCUGGGACUGAGCAUGGGAUACAUUGUAUUCACAACAGGAAAACCAUGGUGGUUCAUUCGGAGCUACGUGAGAGUUCAACAAAGAUUUGCAAAAUGGUAUAGAACUAAACUCCUUCGCUGA